UUUUGCUGGUAGGCGAAAGGGCUCAGUUAUUUGGAAGGGCUCAUGGAGCUAACUGCGCACGCAAUUAGUAAAAAUUAAUGCCUCACUGGUUACGAUCAGGAUUUUUUUUCUUGGACGAUUUCUUCACUCAUGUUAUACGUGUUGCGGAUGGACCACUUGUACUUCUUUUUUCUGACCAGACCCCAGACCUCGAUCGGAUCAGAUCGCCUAUUUUGUGAAAUAAUUUUGGGACUCAUUUCAUCUGAUUGACGGAGGAACGUUGGGACAAUUUCUAGAACGUCUUCAGCAAUGGAACCAGAUAAUAUACCUCUCGUCAGCAACUUUGAAAAGCAGCAAAACAGAAGCAAGAUCAACGGUCGACAUGGCAACGGUACAAACGGAUACGGAGCAGCGAACGGCAAAGGGGAUAAGUAUAACGAGUUCCCCCCUGUGCUGUUAUCAUGGGAAGAUGUGGUGGUGAAGGGAGCAGCGAAAGUAGAGAAACAGAGUUGGCUUGGGAAGCGGAAGAAGAAAGGUGACCCGGAAGUUGGAAAAACUGUAAUGGAGACAAAAGAAAUACUCAGAAGAGUUACUGGUAUUGCUGAACCGGGAACUCUAACGGCCAUCAUGGGAGCAAGUGGUGCAGGUAAGACGACAUUGCUGAACACCCUCAACCUACGAAGCCGUGAAGGACUGGAAGUGUCAGGUAGUAUCUUGGUGAAUGGUCGUCCUCUUGGUCAUCAGAUGGCCCGUCUAUCAGCCUAUGUCCAGCAAGAUGAUCUCUUCCUCAGCAAUCUGACGGUCAAAGAACAUCUUUUAUUCCAAGCGCGAGUGAGAAUGGAUGGUGAAAUACCGAUGACGUCAAGAGUACAUCGAGUGGAUGAAGUAAUUCGCGCGCUUGGUUUGAGUAAAUGUUCGGAUACUGUGAUCGGAAACCCUGAUAGAGGAAUCAAAGGAAUAUCGGGAGGAGAGAGAAAACGACUCUCAUUCGCUUCAGAGGUUUUGACGAAUCCUUCCCUCAUGUUCUGUGACGAGCCGACGUCGGGUCUGGAUUCGUUCAUGGCUCAAAACGUCGUCGAGACCCUGCGCGAUCUCGCUUCCGAAGGUCGAACAAUCCUCUCCACCAUCCAUCAACCGUCUUCCGAGGUCUUCGCCAUGUUUGACAGAAUACUGUUAAUAGCUGAAGGGCGCACGGCUUUCAUUGGUACAACGAAGGAAGCAUUGCAAUUUUUCAGCGAAUUGGGUUAUGUUUGUCCAAAGAACUACAAUCCCGCAGAUUUCUUCAUUCAAACGCUAGCCAUUGUACCGGGAGAAGAAAACGAAUGCAAACGUAAAGUUGAGGCUAUUACCGACGCGUACAAUGUGUCAGAAAAAUCAAGGAAAAUACGCGCCAAGGUUCCACCUACCAUGACUAACGAGCUUCAAGCUCUCGAUGACGAAGUAGAAAAGUCACCUUACAAGGCGACUUGGUGGCAACAAUUUCGAGCAUGUAUGUGGAGAGCGUAUCAGAAUAAUAAGAGAGAACCUUUAAUGACCACAGUGAGAUUUACACAAACAGUGAUCAUUGCCCUCAUCCUCGGCUUGGUCUUUUUAAGACAGCAUAUCAAUCAAGAAGGAAUUCAGAACAUCAAUGGCUGUUUCUUCAUCCUCAUCACCAAUGCUGCAUUCAGUAACACCUUCGCUGCUGUUCAGAUUUUUCCUUUGGAAAUGGCGCUUAUCAAACGAGAGCACUUCAAUGGGAUGUAUCGAGUUGAUGCGGUCUUCUUAUCCAAAGUGCUUGUAGAGUUACCAUUCCAAUAUCUCUUUCUACCCGUCAUCUUCAUCACAAUACCAUACUGGCUUGUUGGUAUGUAUCCUCAUCUAUCGAAUUUCGUGAUCGCCUGUAUAAUUUCCAUUCUAGUAACAAAUUCAGCUGUUUCCUUUGGUUAUAUGCUGUCAGCUAUGAGCGGGACUGUAGCCAUCGCAUUGGCCAUAACUCCCCCGCUGCUUUUGCCCUUCAUGCUGUUUGGUGGUCUCUUCAUAAAUCUCGCAGAUAUUUCACCAUACAUUCGAUGGUUGUCACGGUUGUCUUGGUUCAGCUAUUCGUUUGAAGCAUUCCUCAUUAACCAGUGGGAAGAUAUAGACCAUAUUGCAUGCCCACUGAAUGAAAGCCUCCCGUGUAUAUCAAACGGCGAUUUAGUUCUGGAAACUUAUUCCUUUUCAAAGAGCGAUUUAGCAACCGAUUUCAUAGGUUUAUUUGGUCUGAUCAUCGGCUAUCGUUUGGCAUCUUAUAUCAUUCUUCUGUUCCGAUGCCGACGAAAGAAGUGAAGAGAACAUGGAAGAUUUUUUUAAACACUAAACUGGAUAAGUACUAGUUAUAUACUAGUUCAUGUUGAAUAUACCAGUUAAGUGCUGAUUGAAUACUAGUUAAAAUUAACUAAAUACUAUCUACAUAAUCAUAUUAGUUAAAAUACUAGUUAAAUACUAGUUAAAGGAAAAUUAAACCAUUGGAACACGAUAGCUUGUGUGAAAACAGAAAAAUCAAAGAAACAGAUCAACAAAAGU